AUCAGCCCAAGCCCAAUGCGUCAAUGCGAGCUCAAGACCCCAAGGAGGCCAUUACAGCCAUCACAGGAUUUUUGGAUCUUUGGAUCCAAUUUUUCAUAUGAUACGAUGACCUUUUAUAUUGGGUCAGAAAUCUAAGCAGAGAAUUAUAGAAGAAGAAGAAGAAGAAGAAGAAGCGAGAGGACAGUGAAUUAGGAAGAGACGCUCGCAAACCAAGUAUAUCAUGUAAUCUUUUCACCAUGAGAUAUACAUAAAUUUAUGGCAUGAUAUUGUGACCUUUCAUAGUGAGUCAGAAAACCAAACAGACAAUUGAGUUGAGAAGAAAAAGAAGAAGAAGAAGAAGCACUCCGCAUUCAAGACACACAAAGCCACGAAGAUCGCUGGUGGACUGACUGAGUGAUACUUCUCAAGGUAUUCACAUCGAAAUUAGCUGAAAUGCAGUGGCCUUCGCUCAGUGUUAUUCUUUCCGAGAUAUUUUUGGCAUAUAUCGUCUAUUCGAUAUACACGUUAUCCCUGUUAUUCGUAUCGCCGGCUUGCGAGGAUGGCAAACCGUGCCUUGAGUCGUACCUGAGCGAACGACCGCAGUUGGAUUUGUAUAUGUAUAGCUCCAUUAAAAGAAAUCCCAUCAACAGAGAUGCUGAUCUCAUAUAUUCUGCACAAAACUUUGAUUACAAUCAAAUGCAAAUCAUUCCAGUGAUACUGACUGUACCACAUGAGACACGGCGGAAUGGAACAUUGUUUUUACAUAUAUUUUUAGUGCCUCCUUUUAUAAAACAGGACAGGACAUUUAUCGAUUUGCAAAAAGAUAUAUUUACUUCGUACACUGCAAUUAAAAUGACACAAUACAUAGUACCUGAAGCAGAGGCAUUCAAGUUAUUAGGUGAUCGCACAGUGGAGAAAGCUAAUAGCCAGAUUGUUAUACGUCCAGUCUCACACAUGAAAAGUCGUGUGACAUUUACAAUAAUGACAGACAACGUUACGCUUCCUAUAUAUGGCAUACCUGCCGAACUCGUAAACCAUAUAAAAAUAAUUGGCAAACAGACAUUUUUGCCAAUAGUGAACUGUGAUUUCUUAAGAACACGGCAUCGGGAUCUUCAGCGGAUUACUCCACAAAAUAAUACGAUGAACGUUGCAGUAGAAUAUUCACCUGUGUCUUUAGGAAAGUUAAGAUUAGUGUUGCACGUGCAAGCAACGAUGGAGAAUCUCAAGAAUCUCGGCUUCUCCGACAGAGAUGUCGAUGAAGUAAAGGGCAUCUUUGCAGAUACUAACAUUUACCUACUAGGUGGAACCUUCUUCAUUGCAGCUGUACAUUUGUUGUUCGAUUUCCUUGCUAUUAAAAAUGAUGUUAGCUUUUGGCGGAAGAAGAGUAAUCUCAUAGGUCUCAGCAAAUGGACUGUGAUAUGGCGUGCAUUCAGUCAAACUGUGAUUUUCCUUUAUCUUUGCGAUGAAGGUUCUUCCUUACUUGUUCUCAUUCCUACUGGUAUUAGUACUAUUAUCGAGCUAUGGAAAUUGAAAAAGAUAUCGAGAGUGGAAUUAAUUAGCAGCGGUAGUAUUUUCCCAAGAAUACGAUUUAAACCCGAUAGCAUCGAUGCAGCAGAAAUGAAAACUAGGGAAUUUGAUGCCGAAAGUAUGCGUUAUCUGAAUUACUUAUUAUAUCCAUUAAUUAUCAUUGGAGCAAUCUACUCGUUACUUUAUCAACCACAUAAAAGUUGGUAUUCUUGGAGCAUAAAUUCUUUAGUGAAUGGAGUUUACGCAUUUGGAUUUCUUUUUAUGUUGCCGCAAUUAUUCGUUAAUUAUAAAUUGAAAUCCGUGGCGCAUCUACCUUGGAAAGCAUUCAUGUACAAAGCAUUUAACACAUUCAUCGAUGAUGUGUUUGCUUUCAUUAUAACAAUGCCGACUGCUCACAAAAUAGCAUGUUUCAGAGAUGAUGCCGUCUUUCUAAUUUAUCUGUAUCAAAGAUGGUAA